CGCGUGAACUUGAGGGGUGAGAAAGUUCCUGAGUGGAUUAUUUCUCCAUCCGUUAUCAUCAGUUCACCUAUAAUUCUAUAUAAACUAAAUUAUCAUUCUAUCAAUAAACUCAUAUUCCUUCCUCAUACAACAAAAACAUAACAUAAUGGAUUACAAAACUUUACAACUCAAUCUCGCAUCAGCCAAAGAUCUCAACAAUGUUAACCUCUUCUCCAAAAUGCAAGUCUACGCAGUCGUUUCAAUCUCCGGCGACCCGGUCAAUAAUGAAAGGACUAAAACACCCCUUGACAGAGAAGGAGGUCCUAACCCCGCUUGGAAUUUCUCCGUUAAACUCACUUUUAAUGAAUCUCUCGCUCGCCAGAAUCGUUUGACUCUUGAAAUCAACCUUCGCUGUUCCGGCAGCCUCGCCAUCGAUAAAGACGUUGGUAGCGUCCAAGUUCCUCUCGGCGAGCUUCUUAAACAAACCGGUGACGGAAAAACCUUCCAACAUGUUAGUUACCAAGUUAGAAAACCGUCUGGAAAACCAAAAGGUUCCUUUAAUUUUUCGUACAAAGUCACUGAUCCGCUGAACCAGAAGGCGGAACCUGUUACGGUUACUGGUUAUCCUUCUCCGGCGGUGGGGUCUGCUUCUUCACCUUACCCUGUUGUGUAUCCUCAUCCUCAGUCGCAAUAUCCGGCCGGAUAUACGUACCCAUCGCCUUCACCGUCUUACAGUGAGUAUCAAGAAACUCCAGUGGGUUACUUUUACCCGCCAGAAAACGGUUAUGUGUACCCGCCUCCACAGGGAGUACCGGUUGCAAAGAGUCAUUUUUAAAUUUCUUUGUAUUAGCUUUUGUUUUUACCUUUGAUUUUGUGUAGUUUUUUUGUUUAGGAUACAUACACGGUUGCAUAUAUAUGUUUCUGCACAGUUUAGAAGCUGUUACUUCUAUGGUUUUUGAUAUAUAGAAUAGGAUAGACAUAAAAACCAGAAGUUAUUUUGGCUCUUUCUUUGUCUGUUAGAAAGUUAUUGCCUUUUAAUACUGUUCCUUCUUUAUCUGGAAGUUGAUCGCAAGUCUGCUUCGUUUAGAAUUUGGCAGCAUAAUAUUUGACAAACCGUUACAUGACUCACGGCUCAGUCAGCUCCCUGUCUAUAGAGUUCAGUCGUUCUCACAAUUUGGCAGCAUCGCCCUUUCAAUAUACUGGAGCGACCUAGUAAAUGCGAUUUACCCUGCAUACAUAUCGGUGUUCACAAUCUUUUGAUUUAAGCAAUAGUUGAUAGUUAUAUGUUGAUCUUUUAUAUCACCAAACUAAUUAAUUAGAAUUCCAUAUUGUUAAUGCUGAA